AUGGUGCUCAGUCGCCCCGAGGCCGUGGUGCAGAGGGCACAGGAUGCCCGAUUCUCGCUGUUCAGUGAGGACGAGGUUCGCAAGCUCUCGGUGCUUCGAGUGACGAACCCGACCGCAUUCGACAGCCAGAACAACCCGACAGCGGGCGGGCUGUACGACAAGCGCCUGGGCCCCAUAGACUCGAGUGCGCAGUGUGGAACAUGCGGACUCGGCUUCAGCUCGUGCCCCGGCCACUACGGUCACAUCGAUCUCCCCGUACCUACCUACCACCCACUCUUGAUUGGCGCGCUUCACAAGUUGUUGAGGUGCACUUGCCUGCACUGCUGCAGACUGCGCAUGCCAGCAGAGACAGCUGAUGGCUGGACGCGGGUCCUCCAACUCGUCAAGAGCGGCGAGUUGUCGGGUGCGCAGGAGGUUGCUGCUCAGACGUGCAAAAGAACAUCCCAAGCACUCCAAGCUGCGGACGACACGCACCGGGACCGCAGCUCGUGCGCGCUGACGUCGCGGUCAAACGAACUGAUCAACGAGUACCUCGCGCGGAUUCUGGAAAAUCCUGCCAAGACAUGCGAGCACUGCAAGCUCGAAUGUCCCGACGUGGGCCGAGAGGGCGCUUCGAACUUGUUCUUGUCGAAAGGCCCGGGAGGGUCGCGGACAUACUUACCAGCACGCGAUGCAAGCGGCAUCGUGAGGAAACUUUGGGCAUCGCAGCCCAGGCUUCUCUCCCUCAUGUUUCCUCAUGGUGACACCACAGGUGCUUCAGGCGAAGGAUCUGCGACGACGACGCGCACGUCGUCCGCAGUCGCGCGGCAACCACCCGAUGGAUGGCAGAUGUUCUUCGUGCGAUGCCUCCCGGUCACACCGAACAGGUUCCGGCCGGUGUCGAGCGUUGCAGGAGACAAAUACGAGCACUUUCACAGCGUCUUGCUUACACGCGUGCUGAACGAGUGUAUGAACUUCGUCUCUGCGCCGAUGAAAGACUCUUUGUCUGCAGCAGACGAAUCGGGACUGAAAUCGGGCCUGAACAGUAUGCUGAAUCUGCAGCAGGCCGUCAACAACCUGAUGGACUCUAGCUUCUCCACUGAGCGUGCCGCCGCCCAAGGUAUUCGACAGCAGCUUGAACGUAAAGAAGGGCUCCUCAGGAUGAAUAUGAUGGGGAAGCGCGUCAACUUUGCUGCCCGUUCGGUCAUCUCGCCCGAUCCAUACAUCGCAACUGGGGAGAUCGGGGUCCCGCCUUACUUCGCACGCAAGCUGUCAUUCCCAGAGCGCGUGACGCCGUUCAACGUCGAGAUGCUCCGCGCGGCAGUGGAACGCGGGGCGCACGAGUAUCCAGGAGCAGUGGCAGUAGAAGACGCCAGUGGGCGGCUGGUGUCGCUGGUGCAUCUUGACGCACAGAAGCGUACGGCGCUGGCGAAGCAAUUGCUUCUUGCAGGCGACUCUCGCAACGUGCAGGACCGCGGCGACAACGUUGUCGUUCACAGACAUCUGAGGGAUGGAGAUCUCAUGCUCACGAACCGUCAGCCGACGCUGCACAAGCCCGGCCUCAUGGCGCAUCGAGCGAGGGUUCUGCGAGCGGAUCGAGCCAUCCGCAUGCACUACGCGAACUGUUCCACCUUCAACGCCGACUUUGAUGGAGAUGAGAUCAACUUGCACCUGCCUCAGGACCACUUUGGCAGGGCAGAGUGUCACAUCUUCGUCCACGCAGACCAUCAGUUCACGACACCCACCGCCGGAAAUCCCAUUCGGGGACUGAUCCAGGACCACAUUUUCGGAGGGGUGCUGCUGACGAAACAGGACACUUUCCUCAGCUACACGGACGCGGCGCAACUCAUCUACGUCGCUUGUGCACCUACUCGCAUGGCCACAACGGCAUUCGCGCUUCCUGCACCGGCGAUCCUGCGCCCUGCUCCGAUGUGGACAGGGAAGCAAGUGCUGAGCGUGGUGCUCCAGCAAGUGUUGCGCAGCAGCUCUCCCUUGACCAUGGAAUCCGGCACCAAGGUUCCUGCGCAACUCUGGGGAGCGUCGAGUUUUGAGGAUCAGUUCGCUGUGCGCACGGGCGACCUAGUGACCGGCGUGCUCGACAAGGCUCAAUUCGGCAAGUUUGGGCUCGUCCACUCCGUCCAAGACCUCUACGGGGAUGCGUGUGCUGGACAACUGACUUCGACACUGUCGCGGCUCCUGACAUUCUUUGUUCAGACUCAUGGCUUCACGUGCGGCAUCGGUGACGCGCUUCUGCUCGUGCCUGCCGAGGAGCAUCGCGCAACGGCACUCGCGUCCGCAGAGAAGGUCUGCACCAUUGCGUCCUGCGAUUUCCUGGGGAUCGGCGGUCGGCGCAGUGCCAAACAGACGCUGAUUGCCCGUGCAUGUGCGAAUCUGGCCGAGAGGUAUCGCGCAGACUUCCACGCGACGGGUGUGUUGCACGACGCUGCGUGCUCAGGGGCGAUGCACCCCCUCUCGAGCAGCGUCGUCAAAGCGUCCUUGCCCGCGGGGCAGAUGCGCAGUUUUCGGCACAACUGCCUUUCGCUCAUGACGAUGACCGGCGCGAAGGGGUCAACGGUGAAUUUUUCGCAAAUUUCGUGCCUUCUGGGCCAGCAAGAGCUCGAAGGCCGACGCGUGCCAAGGGCGUCCUCUGGGCGUACAUUGCCGUGCUUCCAGCCUUUCGACGCGGGCGCGCGCUCCGGAGGAUUCAUCCAGGACCGCUUCCUCACCGGGCUACGCCCUCAGGAGUAUUACUUUCAUUGCAUGGCGGGGCGAGAUGGCCUCGUCGAUACUGCCGUGAAGACUGCGCGCUCCGGUUACCUGCAGCGGUGCAUAGUUAAGAAUCUCGAGUCGCUGAAGGUGCAAUAUGACGGCACGGUGAGGGAUGAUGCAGACGGUCUGAUUGUGCAGUUUCUGUACGGCGAGGAUGGCCAGGACGUCGCGAAUGCAUCCGGGUUGCAGCGCAUGAGCUUUUGCUUGAGCAAUCUUCAGCGCCUCGGCGAACAGCUCGAUCCGAGGACAAGUUGUGGAACCACAAAGGACCCUCGUAUCGACGCUCUCGAGGCAGAAGUGGCGGAUGCGUGGCGAUGCCGAUCCUCGCUCCUUGAACUAGCCGCGAAUGGCAAUCGAACGGCUGUGGCUGAAUUGGGGGCUGCGCAGCCAGUUCAGGCGCUGUUUCCACACUCGCUAGUCGGUGCCGUGUCGGAGUCCUACUUCGACAUGGUCUCAUCGUUCAUCCAGGAAACGCGCGUCUGCGCCCCCCGGCACACCUGGGCUGUUCGCUUCCGUCACUUGAUGAUGCUGCGAUGGAUUCGCGGGCUUGUUGCGGGCGGCGAGGCGGUCGGGGUGAUCGCGGCCCAAUCUAUCGGCGAACCUUCGACGCAAAUGACGCUCAACACUUUCCACAUGGCUGGCCGCGGCGAGGCGAACGUCACCAUGGGUAUUCCUCGACUCCGCGAGAUCCUCAUGACUGCUGCCAUGCGUAGCAAGACGCCGAGCAUGGACUUGCCGCUGCUGGAAUCCCUCGGCCGGUCUACAGCGGAGGGGCUCGCCGCGCAGCUUCAAAAACUUCGCCUGGCAGAGCUGUUGAAGUCCCUGAAGGUCUCUGAUGCGUGCAACCACGACGGCAGAGAGCAAAUGCGAGAGUAUGCAGUCGUCCUGGAGUUCUUCCCCCCCCACGCAUUCCCGAGAAAUGUACGUCUUUCCUUCGAGGAGGUGAAGGCUGCCUUCAAGACAAGCUUCCUCCCCCUGUUGAAACAUGAGCUUCAAGCUGCACAGAAGAAUGCUAGUCCAGGGUCGACGAGAGAACGAGCAACGCGCGGUCGACGCCCUUCCGGUGACGAAAAUGACGGCACGCGUGGCGGAUCCGCGCAAGCACACCCUUCGUCAAGAGAGGAGGAGCGCGAACGGGCAGGACCUGGGCACCGCGAUGGAGAGCAGGAUUACUCAGAGCGCGAAAGUAUCGAGGCUUCGAGUGACGCGAAGCGCAUCUCGCAAGAGGAGGAAUACUCGGACGCCGAUUCGGGCGGUGCUGCAUGCAAUUCCUCUCAUUCCCCGCACAGAGGCGCAAGCACACACAUCCAAGCGUCGGCGAAGGAGUGGCCGCAGCAGGUGGCGGUCAAACAUGAAGUCGAAGUUGAGGGCGUCACAGAUGACAAGGAGUACACUUGCAGCGCGUUCAUCCGUGUUCCCCUCGAGUACACGAACAUUCUCAUGUCUCAAAUGGCGGAGCAGAGCGCCGUUGCCGUUCCAGUGAGGGAGGUGAAGGGCAUUGACAGGUGCUUCGUCGUGGACGAGGGCAAGCGCAUCCAGACGACAGGGGCGAACUUCGAGGCAGUGUGGCAGCAUGGCGAUGUCCUGAGGCUGGCGGGUGUCGUGUCGAAUGACGUCGGUCUCAUGCUAGAACACUAUGGCAUCGAGGCUGCGCGGGCCACCGUGGUCAAAGAGGUCCAAGCUGUGUUUGGCGCAUAUGGCAUCGCGGUGGACUCGCGGCACUUGUGCCUCGUGGCAGAUUUCGUCACCAGCAGCGGAGGCUACCGCGGCUGCAGCCGCAUCGGCAUCAGCACCCAUUGUUCGCCGUUCCUCAAGAUGUCAUUCGAGACAGCAUGCAAUUUCCUCGUAGAUGCUGUUCUCAAAGGCCAGAGCGACGCCCUCAAGACGGCGUCUGCACAAAUCAUUGUCGGAAAUCUCGCCACGGUAGGAACAGGGGCAUGCGGUGUCGUACACAAGCUCUGA